UGGUGGUUGUAGGGUAGUGAACAAAAAUAUUGUUAGAAGUUUUUCCAACAGAAGUAAACUACUACUCAAAUUUCCGCCGCAGUGAUAAUUUUAAAAUGACUUCAAGAAAACGAAGCGGCAGCGGUUCGAAGCGCCAAUUUAAAGAAAAAGUGGUUCAAAUAUACGAGACAAUUUUAAAGGGAGAAGAAAUACGUUCAAAUAACCCCUUGCCAUGGGAAGAAUUUUUCCUUUUGAAGCCGAAGUUGACGACUUUUGAAACCGAAAUUUUGAAGCUCUCCACAGAGCAAUUGCAAGCGGCGAAGCCAAACUUGAACGAAUUGUUUUCACAGUGUAUCGAAAUUCUUGCCGAUAACACAAGCAUUAGAGCUGCCUACGGUUUGCAAACCCUGUGUGGUUUCCUGCAUUCGAUAUUUAGAAAAUUCGGAGACGGACAAACGGAAAGCAAUAUACAGGCCAUUGAAUUUUUGUCUGGAUUUGACAAUUAUGUUAGUUAUUUACAAAAAUUGUUGGAUUUUUGUCAAGUAUUUUUGGAAGGCGAUUCCACCGAUGCCAUGAAAGGCCUGUGCCUAAAACUAAUAAUUAUCCUAACUAUAGGCUCAGACAAUCUAAAUCAAAAUACACUAAUAGAGUAUAUUAUAUUGUCCCCACUCUUUGAAUGCCUAGUAAAACUACUCUCAGAUGUGCCUACAAGACAAAAACAUGGUUACGAUGUUGUACUUAUUAUAACAUUGCUAGUAAACUAUAGAAAGUAUGAUGCUACCAACCCAUAUGUUGUGAAAUUGUCCAUAUUGGACGACGAGUUGACUUUAAAUGGAUACGGUCAAGUUAUUACAGCUUCUCUGACAGAAUUUUGUAAUAAUUAUAAUUUAGAACACACUGAAAAUCAGAAUUCAAGUUGGUUUUCAUCUUUAACUAAUAUGGUUGGUAGCAUGUUUAUUUCUGAAGAGGGUGGCUUCAGGAAUCAACAAAUUAGGGCCAAUAAUGCGUUGCUUCUUGCCUUUUAUGAAGCAGUACAUUUAAACAGAAACUUCAUAACCACCUUGGCUCAAACUCAAACGGACGCUAGUAGUCCUCCAUCGCCCAAUAAUACUUUACACAAUAAUGUGCAAGGUUUAUCAGACUUAUCAAAUAAUGGAUCAAUAACUUUUGAUGUGAAUUCACAGCCUUCGAAUUUGCUGGUAACAUUUUUCCAGUAUUGCUCAAUAGUUAUGCAAGAUACCAAAAGCGAACCCGGUACCAACACAGUGAAGCUAUGUUUCUUUAUUCUUGGAUGCAUAUCAGAAGACCAAUAUGCUAACUCCUUAAUGCACGAUGUUAGUUUGGCAUUUAAAGUCCGAUUGCAUAGGUUACCAAUGAGACAUAGAAAGCUGGCCAACGAUAAGACUACUUCUAGUCAGUCAUUGGUUUGUACCCUCUUGGAUUUGCUGGUAGAAUUUAUGCUGAGUCACAUGAUGAAGAAAUUUCCAAUGGAAUUGUACAUUUUAUGCAUCGGUAUAAUACAACGGAUACUUUGCUAUCAAAAGAAAUGUAGGAUUCGUGUAAAUUAUAUUUGGAAGGAAUUGUGGACUGCUUUGAUUUCAUUGUUACGUUUUAUUUUGCAAAAUGAAAAUUACUUGGGAAAGAAAAUGAAUAUUUUUGAAUUGUCCAUUAAAGUAGUGAAUAUUUUGAACUUUUUUAUCACUUACGGUGAUAACUUUUUGCCGACUCCUGGUAGUUACGAUGAACUUUAUUAUGAAAUUAUAAGGAUGCAUCAAGUGUUUGAUAAUGUUUACUCUAUGGCUCUCAGAUAUUCAAUGGGAGAAGGUGAUUUCAAAGAAGACGCAUUGAAGCUCAAUAAUGCCCUGUUUAAUGUACGAGCAAUAAUUAAGCAUUUUAACCCAAAAAUUGAACAGUGGCUAGCUACCAACAAUUUAUCUACCCCUACAGAGGAGCAAAUUUUAGAUAUUGUUAAAAAAAAUUACGAUAGUUUAACAUUGAAAUUGCAAGAUUUGUUGGACCAUUAUGAAAGGUAUACGGAAAAACCGCAUUACACAGGAUUCUUCACGGGAAUGGUAAAAAGUAUAUUAAACGACACGAGGAAUAAUUUUAGUUGUGCUCUAAUAAACAUUUCGAAUAUUGCCAGUGAAUAUCCCACUCUAUAACAAACAACAGACAUAUUGACCUGUUGAGGCUGAUUGGAUUUUGGACUGUUGGCAAUAUUAUGCAGGGAUUGACUGAAAUAAUUUUGUUGCAAGCUAUUUUUAAUUAUGAAAUUUCCUAUAUUGUCGUUAAAAGGCGACUUUAAACAUUUUAUUGACUAGAGUAAGAAACUAAGGACCAUAAAUGCCUAGCUACUCACAAAUUAUAUUUUGUUUUUCCUAAAGACUUGUGUAGUCUCUAAGAACUACUUUAACCCUUUCGCUCACUGGGUUUUUAUUCAGAUCUACUUGUGUAGGGCUUUCUUAGAUUAAAAUAAGUUCAAUUUUUUUUGGUUUAGUUUUACAAUCAAGAUUUUUACAAUUGAUGUAAAACAACUGAUUUUACAUAUUUUAUUAAAAAUCCAGUAUAUCACGAAUUUUGCAUGUUUAAUUUCUUGAUUUUGAUGUGUGCUAUAAUAAUAUGGCCCUAAAGUUUGUAAAGCCCUAUACUAGUAAACAGGAUAUACCAUUUAAAACGAAACAGGCUAAAUACAUAUAUGAUGUCACAUUUAUUUUAUUUUUUAAUCGCUCGUACACGUAAUUUGAUUUUCAAAGGAGGAGGUGUUUUGAAACCAUUUUCAGCACUUACACUUCAACCCUCCAAGGGAGGUUGAACCAACCCUUACCAUGCCAAAUGGAACAAGGGGUCGAGUAAAGCCUGUUUUAAAAGAGCUUUCAGUUUUCUUUCAAAUGAAAGAGAAUUGAACGCUCUUUCAAAAGAGGUAUCACUCGACCCCUUGUUCCAUUUGAAAUAUGUAGUAAGGGUUGGUCCCACCCCGCCUAGAGGGUUAAAAUGGAAGUGCUGAAAACGGUUGGAGAAAACUUCCAUAUUUGAAAAUCAAAUUAGUAUGUGUACGAGCGAUUUUUUUAAAAGUAAACAUGGCAUCAGAUAUUUAGCCUGUUUCCUUCUAAAUGGUACACCCUGUUUAAUGCAUUACCACAUGUGCAGUAGGAUGCCAGUGUGAAAUACAUAUUUUAUAUUUUUAUCAAUUUACAGAUUUUUCAAGUGAAAUCACAUAAGCGGAAGAGUUGAAAAAAUGAUGCCAUCAGCAAAUUAUUUCUAAUAUAUCAAAUCUUCAAAAGCAAGUCAACUAACUCAAUAUUUUAUGGCAACCAUUUUAGGUUUAUGAAAAUUACUUUUGCUUUUAUAUUCUUGUAGGUUACAGGUAGUCGACUUGUUGUAUUACACCAGGCAAUAAACCAUAUUUGUGAUAAUUUGCUUCCUAGCCUACCUUUCAAAGAAUACCAAGCAAAAUUGUAUUACUUUGUUGAAAAUGUAUUAUAUUUUUAUGUUAUAUAGGUUUAAGAUACCAGUUUUCGAUAUAAAUAAACUAUUUUUGUGUAUCAAAGCAAA